AUGGCUUGGACACCGGCCCUCGUUUCAUUCCUCUUACUCACCCUGCCAAGUGUUGGGGCCUCCCCAAGCCAAAGCUCCUCCUACGCCAAUGGCUGCGCUGGCUUGAAACAGAGAGUACAACUCCCCAAUGCGACGGUUCACCUCUCUGAGGUUGUCAAGGCCGGCACAAAUUUGACCUUUCCCAACUACGACCCGACUUGCACUCUCACGUCUCAGGUUGUCAAGUCCGACAUCUGCCGCCUCUCAUUCGACGUUGCCACCAGCUCUGAUAGCAGUGUUCGCUUUGAGGCUUGGCUUCCUUUGGACUGGAGUGGUCGAUUCUUGGGUGUUGGGAACGGAGGAUUGGGAGGCUGCUUCAAGUAUGAUGAUCUCAACUACGGCUCCUCACAUGGCUUCGCGACCAUUGGCACAAACAACGGCCAUGACGGAAAUCAAGGGAAGCCUUUCUACAAGCAUCCAGGCGUUGUCGAAGAUUACGCAUAUCGUGCCAUUCACCUAGAGGCAGUCCUCGGCAAGAAGAUCGUUCAGACAUUUUACGGCACUCGACAUAAGAAGUCCUACUACCUGGGCUGCUCGACAGGCGGAAGACAAGGCUUUAAGGAGGCUCAAGAGUUCCCCGAAGACUUCGAUGGCAUCGUUGCAGGCGCGCCUGCUUUUGACAUGACGGCUCUAUUUUUCUGGACUGGCUAUCUUCCCAAGGUCCUUGGAAAGCCAGGAUCUCCAAGUUACCUUGGCGCCGCUGAGUGGAACGCUGUCUACAAUGAUAUUCUCGAACAGUGUGAUGAGCUAGACGGUGUCAAAGACGGUGUCAUCGAGGACCCUGAUCUCUGCCAAUACCGACCCGAAGCCCUCAUCUGUGGAAAACGCAAGGGCAAGACCUGUCUAACGGGCGCGCAAGCUGCUGCUGUCAGGGAUGUUCUGUCACCUGCCUAUGGCCCAGAGGGAGAGCUGGUUUACCCAAGACUUCAGCCUGGCAGUAACGUUACCGACCGAUUGGUGUCUAACCAGCCGUUUGGCUACCUUCUCGACUGGAUGCGUUAUGUUGUCAGGGAGGACCCCUCGUGGGAUCCCUGGACUUUCAACGUCAAUGACUGGGUUCAGCUGUCCGGAAGGGACGACUACGGUGUCAAGACCUGGAACGGUGACCUGAGUCGAGUUCGCGACCGAGGAGCCAAGAUCAUUCACUUCCACGGCCUUCAAGAUCCUCUCAUCAGCAGCGACAACUCGGCUCGGUACUACGAUCACGUUAGUCGAACGAUGGAGCUGUCAUCUAAGGAACUAGACGAGUUUUACCGGUAUUUCCGCAUCUCCGGCAUGGCUCACUGCCGAGGAGGAACUGGAGCCAACAAGAUUGGAAACAACUUGGAUACGCUCGAUAAGUAUGAGCCAGAGAGCAACGUACUGGCAGCCAUUGUCAACUGGGUUGAGAAGGGCAAGGCACCAGAGUCUGUUUUGGGUACGCAGUAUGCGUUGACGGGGAGCAAGGAGAAGGUUGCCUCGAGAAGACACUGUCGAUGGCCACGACGCAAUGUGUAUAUUGGAGGUGAUUCGACGUCUCCCAAGAGCUGGCGAUGUGAGUAA